UCGUUCGCGAGCCACACUGCAACAAUGACCCAACAAGAGGUGCCGAGAAAACUAUGGCAGCAUCCAAAUCCAGCCAGCACGUCCAUGUACAAAUUCCUCCAAACCAGUAACCAUAAACAUGGCCUCAAUAUGCGAAGCUAUCGGGAUUUGUACGAUUGGAGCGUUGGUUCCAACCGCAUCGAUUUCUGGACAGAUCUUUGGAACUUCGCGCCGCUUAUUCACUCUGGCCAUUUUACCGAGGUUGUGGAUACAAACGCUCCCAUGGAAACGAUUCCACACUGGUUCAAGGGCACAUUUCUCAACUUCGCAGAGAACACAUUGUUUUCGGCUUCACCCGAAGAUCCUUCCAAGCGGACAACAAUCGGCAAAGAGGAUGACAAGAUUGCGCUCACUGAAAUUCGUGAAGGCAACAGGGAUGUGUGCCAUAUGACGUAUGGACAAGUGAGGAAGAGAGUGGCUAUCUUGGCUAACGCGAUGAGAGAAAAGGGUGUGAAGAAAGGAGACCGAGUAGCUGUGGUUGCUUCGACGAGUUUCGACACAUUCAUCUGUUUGAUGGCCAUUACCAGCAUAGGCGGGCUUUUCAGCAGUAGCAGUACUGAUAUGGGCACCAAGGGGAUUCUUGAACGCCUUCUUCAAAUUCGUCCGAAGUAUCUGUUUGUAGACGAUUGGACUGUAUACAAUGGCAAAACCAUUGAUCUCAGGCCUAAGAUGCGUGAGAUUGUGGCUGGUAUGAAGAAUGUUUCCGAGUUCGAGGGAAUCGUUGCGCAACCCAGAUUUCCAGGAAACCCCGCAGAUGUCAGCGAUCUCUCUAGCACAACAACACUCGAACAAUUCUUAAAAGGUUCUGAGACCAAACACGAUCUUGUGUUCGAGAGAGUCGCGUUUCGAGACCCUUUCGUGGUUGUUUACUCCAGUGGCACUACUGGGGUGCCCAAGUGCAUUGUGCAUUCCGUAGGAGGAGUGUUGGUGAGUAAUAUCAAGGAAGGUAUUCUCCAUCGACAGCUUGAGCCAGAGAGCAUCAUGUUGCAAUACACCACGACUGGAUGGAUCAUGUAUAUGGCUAGUGUACAAUGUCUUCUAUUCGGCACCCGGGCAAUCCUCUAUGAUGGCUCACCUUUCAUCCCUUCGGCAAAGUCUUUUCUAUCUAUCUUAGAAGAGCAGAAAAUCACGCACUUUGGUACAUCACCACGCUUUUUGCACGAACUCGAGAAGCAAUCCAUCAUUCCACGCAAGUUAUUCGAUCUUUCGGCUCUCAAGUUGGUAGUCACUACUGGUAUGGUUCUUUCCGAUGCACAAUUCGAGUGGUUCUAUGACCAUGGGUUUCCUCAGAAUGUUCAUCUUGCGAACAUCAGCGGUGGUACGGAUUUGGCCGCUGCAUUCUGUUGCGAAAACCCUCUUGACCCACUGUACGUCGGUGGUUGCCAAGGUCCGGUUCUUGGGACCAAAGUGGAGGUGUAUGACAGUUUGAUCGAGAACGGCCCUGGAAAAUCAGUGCCGGACGGAGAACCUGGCGAUCUUGUCGCGACUGCUUCGUUUCCCAAUCAGCCUGUAUUCUUCUGGGACGAUGACACUGGCGAGCGUUACCAGAAUGCUUAUUAUACUCGUUUCCCGCAUGUGUGGACUCACGGGGAUUUCAUCCAGACGCAUCCGGUCACUGGCCAGGUGUUUUUCCUUGGACGCGCAGAUGGUGUGCUAAAUCCAUCUGGGGUGCGGUUCGGAUCAAGUGACAUUUACUCGGUCAUCGAAGCUCAUUUCCCUGCCGUUGCAGACAGCAUAUGUGUGGGCCAGAGGCGUCCACAGGAUUCUGACGAAAGUGUGGUCCUUUUCCUCAAGAUGAAAGAGAACGAGCAGUUCACGGAAAGUCUGGUACAAAAGAUCAAGAGUAAGAUCGCCGAGGAAAGGAGCAGAAGACAUGUACCAAGAUAUGUGUUUCAAACCUGGGAUAUUCCGACUACAGUCAAUCUCAAGAAGGUAGAGUUGCCGGUGAAGCAAAUCAUCUCUGGAAAAAUCAUCAAGCCAAGUGGGACUUUGGCCAAUCCGGAAAGUCUCAAAUUCUACUACCAAUUCGCAAAGGUGGAAGAAAUUGUAGAAGAUCAACGGAAAGAGAAAGGCAAAACAAAGAGCAAACUUUGA